AUGAGCGAGCUUCCUCGUCCGCCGUGCCGGGAGGACUCUCCACCUCCCGACGACAAGCCCACCACCCCCAACUCCCCCGCCGGUGGAUCUAGAGCACUCAACCCCUCCGCCACUCCCUUCACACCCUCCACUGCGGCCAGCACUUCUAGGUCGCCGGAUGGGCUCUGCUUCAGCAUCCCAACCUCGGACUCCGACGAGGAGGAUCCUGUGUCAUGGUCGCCUCUGCACGCCUCCCUGAAGGGAAAAGAACCCAUGGUCGCCGACAAGACACCCCCGCCGUCUUCCAGACGGGAGCCCCCCCCCCGGCGGGUGGCUUCAUGGUCGAUGCUCGACGGGCCAUGCCGAGGCAAGCCCCGCAUGUCCCCUCUUCUGGUGACAUCCUGCGAGGUUCAUCUCUGCAUCGUCCCCGGUCGCCGGCGCGUGCCUCCUUCCCGCCCGCGGCAGGGCGCGCCGCAGCAACAACAGCCGUUCGCAAUGGUCCGACUACUCGCCGUCACCCCCGGGUUGAUGAAGACGGCUUCUAGUUGGUCAUCUCCAGGCGCCACGCCCGUGCUGAGCGGGCUGCUCGCUAUGGCCUAUGGGCGCCCCGCUCCGGUUCGCAGGCCGGUCCCGGCGGACCUUGUCGGUCGCUGCUUCAACUACUUAUCCUACGACGACGUCGCCGCGCGGUGCCCUAACCCCUCACGUUGCCUGCGCUGCGAGGGCGUUGGCCAUUCCGCCAAGAACAGCAAGCGGGCGCGGCGGGGGCCGGCUCCUGCGCGCGGCUGA